AUGGCAGCCUCAACUAAAGCAGACAUCAUCGUAGACUAUCUCGUGGUCGGUGCAGGAGUCAGUGGAUUGAGCUUUGUCGACGAGCUGUUGACGAGGACCUCAGCCACCGUCCUGAUUGUCGACAAGCGGGACCAACCUGGAGGCCAUUGGAACGAUUCGUAUCCUUACGUCAAACUCCAUCAGCCAGCAAGUCAGUAUGGAGUCGAGUCGAAAGAGCUUGCCAGCAGUAAUAUCGACGUGCACGGCCUGAACAAAGGCCUCUCGACCCUCGCUUCCGGGCCCGAAAUCAUCUCAUACUGCACGACGGUAAUGAGAGAUAGAUUUCUUCCCUCAGGCCGGGUGACAUUCUUCCCAUCGACUGAGCUUCUGCCAGACGGUACGCUUCGAGAGGGCCCUUCAGGCAAGAUCUGGACCGUACAGAUCAACAAAAAGCUGGUCGAUGCUGCCUACUACUCCAACGUCAUCCCACUGAAGCACACGCGCUCAUUCGAGGUCGACCAAGUCCCCAUCAUCCCACCAAACCAUCUUCCCAGCAGAGCGCAAGAUGCCAUCAACUUCACCGUUGUGGGAGCAGGUAAGACGGGGAUAGACACCUGCAUUUGGCUACUUGAACGGGGCGUCGAUCCUGAACGAAUCCGCUGGAUCAUGCCUGCCGAUUACUGGUACUACAACCGCGCCAAGUUCCAAGGAUUGCUGGAGUUCUUCAUGGACACAUUCACCACCCUCGUUGACAUGUACGAAGGCAUUGGCACGGCCACCACCUCCCGCGACAUCGCUCUGGCACUCGAGAAAUGCGGAGUUUGGCAACGUCUUGACCCGAGCAUUGAACCACAACAAUUCCACGCCGCGACCCUGGCGCCACGAGAGGUCGAAGAACUGCGCCGUAUUCCAGACAUCGUCCGCAAGGGCCACGUGACCAAGAUUGACGCCCAAAAAAUUACCCUCACAAACGGCACCGUCGACGUAAAACCAAACACCCUCUUCAUCGACUGCACCGCCAGCUGUCUCCCCGACAAACCCUCCGUCCCCGUCUUCCAACCAGGCAAAAUCGUCCCCCAAAUGAUCCGCUACCCCUUAAUCCCCUUCAGCUGCGCCAAAAUCGCCUUCCUCGAAUCCCUCGACUGGUCCGACGACGAGAAGAACAAAUACGCCACCCCGCUGCGCUACCCCAAGAACCUCGACGGCUACAUCCUCUCCGAAGCCAUCAACAUGGAGAACCGCGCGAGGGAGAAUCAGAGCCCCAUUUUGCAGAGGUGGCUGGCGCAGUCGCGGUUGGAUGUUUAUACCAAGUUGACCACGGCGGUGAGGCCCGAGGAUAUGGAGAAGCUGGCGCUGUUGGGGAGGAUGCAGGCGGCGUUUAUGGCGGCGUAUCAGAAUAUGCCCAAGGUGGUGGAGUCGCUUCAGAGUGGUGCUGUCUUUUAG